ACAAGCGGAUUCUCUUUUCGCUUUCGAGCAGUAUUGGAUCUCCGGGAGAGAAACCAAAUCGGCACCUGACCGAAUUAUUUCUUUGAUUCGUCGGUUUAGGUUCUUUUUUGCCUCUAUCCUGUUAUUACUUGGGAUUUGUUCUCAAAAUUGCCAUGUAUUCUCUCAUCUUGGGUCGGUUGUUAGCCUAGGCUAGAAAACACGAAACACGUAGGCUAUAUACCUCACUUUUCCAGCUGCGCUUUUCCUCAUUCUUUUACCGGGGCAUUCUAUUUUCUUUUAUCGUCUUUACUAUAAUUUUUUAUGUUGGAGAAAAUUGCUCUAUAGACUUUUCCUAUCCCGAGCUGGACCAAUGCGUUCCCCGUGCCCAGUAGAUCCAGGAAAGCCCCCUUUCUCGAACCGCAUAGUUAACACUCAAUGGCUGGACGGAUGCGCGCCAACAGACCCCGGGAACACGCACCUGACCUCUGAUGGAUAAUUUAUCUGCCGUUUCAGAACUGCUUUCGGGACAAUUGCACUUGCUUAAUAUUGUGCUUAAAUCUUUAAUGGCGGAGCUGUAGAGCAAAAUAAGUUGAAAUAAUGCCGCUUGCCCAACUCAACGGUUGGUCUGAUCCGAGUCGACCUGUUUUACCUGCAGGGCGCAUGCGGAGAACCCUCUUCUGAAUCACUGAAGGAGCCAGUCGUCUGGAUUUCUAUGUGGUUAGGAAUACAGAAGUUGAACACAGAAACCUUUAGUCUACUCAAGACGGCAAGAAGUGAAGAUGGUCACGUGUUCAACGUGUAUUUCAUUAAAUUGGCAUCCAGUGUGAUAAACAUCAUCAGUGAUGUAGUGAGUCUGUUUAUAUGCGUGCUCAUAAUUUGCAGUAAAUAUUCUCAACUGCUCAAACAGGGGACUAUGAAGAUGAUACUCUUCCGUAAAUUUCGUGUUUUGAUUCUCAUGGUGUUUUUGAUCGCCUGCUCGAUGCACAUCAUGAUAGACUUGUUACCAAAGCUGGAGAGGCGCAGCAAGAGCGGCUGUUCCUGCUCGCACACGCCGAGCGAGGAGCCUCAGAACUGGCCUAAACACCGAGCCAGAUCGGCAGCGGAGUCGGGUUGGCCUAACAAACACACUCUGAGAAUUCUUCAGGACUUCAGCAAUGAGCCAAGCUCUAACAUCUCCCAUUCUUUGGAGAAGAUCCUCACUGCCGGGGACAAAACGGAAGCUUUUAAUAAACGGCUUGAACAUUACUCGAAAAACAGUGACAAUAAAAGACUUCUCAUACAGGACACUGAGAACAGUGUGGUCAACAAACACGUUGGCCUGCAUAUGAAAGGUUCGAGAUUGCUGGCCCUGUUUGACCAUCCGUUAUUCAAGAGAGAAUUACCGUCCCUGACCGACGAGGACACCUUGUUUAACGUCAACACAGACAUCAGGUUUGACCCCAAAGGCGCCACAGAGAAUCAAGAAUGGCACGCUGAGGGGAAUGUAGAGGAGUACACUCCAACGGGAGGAGAGCGGAUGGCUGACUCCUACCCCAACUGGCUCCGCUUCCACAUAGGGAUUAAUCGAUACGAGCUCUACUCCAGACACGACCCAGUCAUCGAUGCCCUGCUCAGGGAUCUAGUUUCACAGAGAAUCACCAGCGUUGCCAUGAAGUCAGGAGGCACCCAACUAAAACUCAUCAUGACGUUCCAGAACUAUGGACAGGCUCUGUUCAAACCUAUGAAGCAGACUCGAGAGCAGGAGACGCCCCCUGACUUCUUCUACUUCUCGGACUUUGAGAGACACAAUGCUGAGAUCGCGGCCUUUCACCUGGACAGGAUACUGGACUUCCGUCGUGUCCCACCUGUGGCUGGUAGACUGCUGAAUAUGACUAAGGAGAUCAGAGAUGUGACCAGAGACAAGAAGCUGUGGAGAACCUUCUUCAUAUCACCUGCCAAUAACAUCUGUUUCUACGGGGAGUGUUCAUACUACUGCUCUACUGAGCAUGCUCUGUGUGGUAAACCGGACCAGAUUGAGGGUUCUCUGGCUGCCUUCCUCCCAGACCUGGCCCUGGCCAAACGCAAAACCUGGAGGAACCCCUGGAGAAGAUCCUACCACAAGCGCAAGAAAGCGGAGUGGGAGGUGGACCCUGACUAUUGUGAGGAGGUGAAACAGACCCCACCCUACGACAGUGGCACCCGUCUACUGGACAUCAUGGAUAUGACCAUCUUUGACUUCCUCAUGGGCAACAUGGACCGUCAUCACUAUGAGACGUUUGAGAAGUUUGGGAAUGACAGCUUUAUCAUCCAUCUGGACAAUGGGAGAGGGUUUGGAAAACACUCCCACGACGAGGUGUCCAUUCUGGUGCCUUUAAGCCAGUGUUGCAGAGUGAAGAAGUCGACACACUUGCGUCUGCAGCUGCUGGCUAAGGAGGAGUACCAGCUUAGUAGUCUGAUGUCUGAGUCGCUGCUGAGGGACAAACUGACGCCGGUCCUUAUUCAGCCACACCUGGAGGCUAUGGACAGACGCCUACGCUACACGCUCAACGUCUUGGCAGACUGCAUAGAGAAAGAGGGCUAUGGCAAUGUUGUGGAGGAUGAUCUGACAGGGGAAAGGGAGGCAGGGCAUAUGAACACGUCCUCCAGGGAGAGGUAGCUGGGAAGCCUGCAAAAUUCAGAAAUGGACCAGACUGGAUUGGACCGGAUUGAACCAGCCAUAACUAUGGUGGAUUGGACUGAACUGGACUCAACUGGAUUUGACUGGACCAUAUUGAUCAGGACUGAAAGGGUAUGGACAGCUGUCACCAUAGGCCCCUUAAAUCAGUUAUUAUAUACCCCCUACCAAUCAAAUGAUCGACUGAUCGGCCAGCACAGCGAGAAGCACUUGUCUUGUUCAGAAGACAUUUUUGAAUUCAGUGAAUUCUAAGACUGGUAUCUUCUGUUGUCACCUGGAUUAUGUGUGUUUCUACACGUUGUUGGGGCCUGUCACAGGCCAGUGAAACCUUAAUGUUGACGCAGAUUGUAUCUGUGUCUUAAUGAUAAAAAUAUGUAUUGCAAAAUAUUUUACUUCUGUUGCUCUUUUAUGUUUCAUGUCUGUGUUUCAUUUAAAAGAUAUUUGAUUGGAGUGCUGGUUUACUGCAAAAUGUCUUUUUUUUCUUCUGCUUUUUGUCUUUUAAAUGCCACUUUUGCUGAGAAUAUUUAUUGCAUUUUAUAUUUAUUGUUAAAAAUAAAUAAUACAUUGCACCAGGUUAAGGGUCAAUUCCAUUUCAAUUCCUUUUCAGGAAGUAAACUAAAAUCCAAAUGAUCUUCAACACUUUUCAGUAAGGAUUGUUUUUAGAAUUUUUAUUUGAGUUUAGUUCACUUUUUGAUAAUUGUACUAGAAUUGACCAUAACCCUGUGUUGAACCCACUUAAUCUUUGUAUUGAAAGGACUUAGAGGUCAAGAGGCCUUAUAUUAAAGCUCGACAGAUGUGCAGUUCUAAGUUGGUCAUGUAGAGGGCAGCACCAGUGUGUCUACAUGUCCCUUUCCUCAGAAUUUAACCUUACCAUAAAGAAUUCAGUAUUAAUGCAAUUACUUGCAGAUUCUGUUUGAACGGUUUUAAACCAAACCAGGGUACAGUCCAAAUUCUGUCUCAUUUGAAUUAUCAAAACAAUACAUCAGACCAAAGCUGUAUCAAAAUUCACAGACCCAUAAAAACAGGCAAGAGACUCUUUUAGAAAAAGAAUUGAAAAGUCUACUCAAACCUAAGAUUUUAUUACAACAAUUCAGCAUCUUUGAAAUGAUUCCUACUACCGCAUAUCAUCCAUUGUACUUUUAAGUCUUUCUGCUUGUAGAUUAUUCUAUUAAUUUGAGGAUGAAUUUAAAAUGUCUUUAAUUAUGGUACUAUGAAGCCAAAUGUGACACUGGUUUUAUAGGAUGAUUAUUCCUUUAGUGAUGUAUGAUGUCAGUGUUGUCUACAGAUACAGUACUGCAGUCUGUACAUUUCUCUACUUUCCAGAAGAGGUUCAGCUUUGCUGGAGAUUACAUUUCAGUGACUGAAACAUAAUAAAGUAGAUAAACCUAGUGCCUGUGAAAUGAUAGAAAUACUUGAAUGUUUGAGAUCAUGACUGAAAGGGUAAUUACGGGAACAUCUUAUUUCCUGAUCAGAAGCUGUACAAAAGUUGUUUAUUCCAUUCAUCCAUCCAACCCAGGAUGUAUGUUUUUCUGGUUGUUUCAGUGGGCUCGGUAUGGGCCCAGGUCUGGAAAACAUGUAACAUGGUUCUGACUGCAACUAAAAUGCUUGUUUUUUCAGUUAAUUGUAUCUGUGGAGUUUUGUUUGCAAGGUGGUAAAGGUGCAAUAAAACAAAAUGUGCAUUUAAAA